GCCGUGAAAACUCAAAAUGGCUGUUCUUACCAAGUGUUGGGCUUGUAUACUCAACGGAAUGAUAACAGGAAAACUGCCACCCGAGUAGAGCAUACAGAUUGUUUUGUUAGUUAAGAUAUGUUCAAGAGAUCAACGGGCACAAGGAAACUUGACUAUACACCGCGAUAUUUUUAUUCUUUCGCGUUGAAAGCAGCCAUGAUACGACAGGGAGUUAGAAUCUUUGGAUUAUGACGUGACGUUUGGUCCAUGUUGUUUGUUGUGUUGAUGGUAUUGUUACUAAUCUUCUAGUUGUAUCUUACGAAAUCGGAUGAAAAUUAUACGAAAGCUCAAGUUGAAAAGACCAUGAGCAAGACAAGCUCCAAGGGGAGCAGUGCGAGGAUAGGCACUUUACUAGAGCAACUACAAAAGCUGUGUCUCGCUGGUUCCGAGGCCAAAUGUGAUCAAGAGAAGCUUGAUGUGGAACAGUUGCGUUACGUUACGAAUAAAAUUCAGCAACUUUUGUCUUCUCAAGAAAAAUGUCGGAAGGAUCUGACCACAAAAUUUAGAGAUGGACUGUCAACACUGCUUUUAGUUUUAGAGAUGUCAGCAGAUACUCAACUCAUGCUGAACAUUUUGGGUUGUCUGUGUGAACUGUUAACCACAGGUAAAAGGACAUCUGUUCUUGCAGCCAAGGGUACUGUGGAUAUUAUUUUGAGAGUGACUGUGAGUGCUAGUAAAGAUGCAUCUCUUUGUGAAGAGGUUUUGCUGCUCUGCCAUGUCAUUUUAACAAAAGUAGGACCCAAAGAUCGUAAACUUUGUGUGAAAGCUCGUUUGACCGGUGCUCUCCAAGUCACAAUGAAUAUGGUGAAGAACAAUACAACAUUCUUUAAGGUUCUACAACCUGCUUUACAAGUCCUUAAACUUUACUCUGCCAAUUCUGUUAACUGCAAUGCCUUGGCCAAAGCAGGAGCUGUUAGUGUUCUGUUUAGAGUGGUUACCAGCUGUGGUCACAAGAGGGUUAUCUGUUUAAAACUGGUGUUGGAGAUAAUUGCUACCCUUGUAAAAUCAAAGAGCUGUGCUUCUAAAGCAGUCAGCCAUGGAGUUGUUCCACUGCUGUUACAAAUGUUUUGUGAUUGGCAAAGAACAGAUCAUCAUCACAGACAAGCAAACAUCAGAAAAGCUAUUCUAAAUGUGAUCAAGAAUAUCACCAUGUCAAGGAGUGGUAAAAAGGCAUUUAUCCAAGCUGAUGGUAUCAAAACUCUGUACACAUCAUCACUGGAGACUUUAGAUUGUCGUGAGCUUGAAGGGGUAAACAAUCUCAGUAGCCAGAUUCUACGAAGAUGUUUUCCAACUAACAAGCUUCCGUUGUCAACCUUGUCAUCACCACUUACAUUUGCUCUGUUAGAUUUAGACAGUGCUGGCCAUUCAGCUGUUGAAGAUCUUCUGGAUGAUAGCGGUGAAGGUGAGUCUACUGAUGUUGAAUCAGAGGAAGAAGAAGAUGAGAGUAGUAGUAGUGCAAGUCAAGAUGAUAAAGAAGGGCUUGAAAGUGGUAACAAGGGUAAAAAACCAGAGGUGAACUCCUCUAAUCAGACCAAACAAGUCAAAACAAGAGAUGAUCUGGCCAUGUAUGAAAAGUUCUUCCCAGAACAGUUUGAAUUUCAGGUUGACGUUUCCGAGCCAAUGGAAGAUGACACGUUUACAUCAUAUCCAAUAGUAAUUCCAACAGGUUCUGAGGAGCCAUUGUCCUGCUCGCCUGCAGGACCAAGCCAUCUGUCAAACCAGCUUGAUUCUAUGAAUUUUGAAAGUCCACCAGCACAUUCUGAGGAAAAUCAGCCAGUGACACAAGUCACAGCGACACAAGAGGAGCUGACUCAAGAAGAGAGAUCUUAUUCAUCCGCGAAUUUCACCGCUGAGGUUGGUAGCAGUGAGACCUUUGAAAGUGUGUUGCCAAUCGUCAAGACACCGUCACCUGAUGUGUAUGGCCACUACCCACCGUCCGAACCAGAACCACUGGGACAGAAGAAAACUGGACUACAGAGAACUAUGAUCUUCAGGGACAUUGCACGACAGAUUCAUCCACAGAGGGUGAUAAACAAAGUCGUGUUUGACCUGGAUCAGUUGUUAAGACAGCCUGGUGACCCUGGAGGAGCACCCGACAAUAGGUUAUUAGCUGUGGCUAAAGAACAACUCAAGUCAGGACACGCGCGGAAACAUAGCAACUCCAGCAUACCAGAAGGAGGCAGGUCAUCUCCUGAGGAGACAGCUAGACCACUGAAGUUUGAGUCGCGGUUUGAGAGUGGCAAUUUACGCAAGGCUAUUCAGGUGCGGGAUUAUGAGUAUGAUUUGGUUCUAAAUCCUGAUAUCAACUGCAAACACCAUCACCAGUGGUUUUAUUUUGAGGUUAGCAAUAUGGACGCUGAUACUCCGUACAAAUUCAACAUCGUUAAUUGUGAGAAGAUCAACAGUCAGUUCAACUUUGGUAUGCAGCCAGUCAUGUAUUCAACAAUAGAGGCUCAAGAAGACCGCGCCGGUUGGGUUCGAGUCGGGACUAAUGUUUGUUAUUAUAGAAAUUACUUCACACGAAGCCGUGAAGUAACCGGUGGUCCCACAGGCAAAACCUACUACACGUCAACUUUCACUGUGACCUUCCCUCACACAAACGAUACAUGUUACUUCGCUUAUCACUAUCCAUACACCUUCACUAUGCUACAGAGUCACUUAUCACGCUUGGAGUCCGGGUUUCGUACAAACGAUAUCUUUUACCGCCGCAUGACUCUGUGUGACACUUUGGCGGGAAAUCAUUGUGACGUCAUCACCAUCACGGCGCAGCCCCGACAGAGAGAUGCAAAGUCCAUUGAGCUUUUUAGUAACAGACCGUAUAUUUUCCUAACAAGCCGUGUUCACCCUGGUGAAAGUAAUUCAAGUUGGGUCAUGAAAGGAGUUCUAGAUUUUUUAAUUAGUAACUUCUACACUGCACGUCAUUUGCGGGAGACUUUCAUUUUCAAGGUUGUACCCAUGCUUAACAUUGACGGAGUCAUCAAUGGCUGCCACCGAUGUUCUCUGUCGGGAGAUGAUUUAAACAGGCGCUGGAUUAAUCCCAGCAUGCUACUUCACCCCACUAUUUAUCACGUGAAGGGGUUGCUGUUGUACUUACAGUCUAUUGAAAAGACGCCUUUGGUUUAUUGCGACUUCCAUGGUCAUUCACGCAAGAAGAACGUGUUUAUGUAUGGCUGCAGCACAGUUGCCACACUGGCUGCCAGUUCUUCCAGUUCUGGUGAAGUCGACAGCGGUGACUUGGUGGAUUCUGUCCGAGAACGUGUAGCCGAAUUAUCUGGCUCCGAAUCCACCAGUAGCAUGGACCCUAGUGACAUAGAAGAAGAUCCCGGUUAUAGGACAUUACCUCGAGUUCUUCACAACAUUGCACCAGCCUUUUCGCUGGGCAGCUGUAGUUUUAUUGUGGAACCUUCAAAAGAAUCCACUGCCAGGGUUGUGGUAUGGAGAGAGAUUGGAGUGCUCAGGAGUUACACCAUGGAGAGUACAUACAGCGGCUGUGAUCAGGGACCUUACAAGGGUUAUCACGUGGGAACAAGAGAACUGGAGGAAAUGGGCCGCUUUUUUUGUGCUGGUCUUCUCCGUGUCGGUCGCUCCUACCUCUAUCGAAACAGCCACCAACAGUUACCAUCAAGCCACAAUACAGAUCAGAUGCACAAUGCUGAUAGUUUGUGGAUAAGGACAAGUGAGCUGUUUGUUCCUUGUGAACUCGUCAGAAGUGGAGUCGUUAUUUGAUUAUAAUCUGGUUCAUGAAAGCACAUACUCGAGAACACAGCGGUCAAGUGCGUGCGCAUGCGCAAACGUAGUGACUAGAUUGCGUGUUUUCAGGCUGUUAGAACUAAGUUGUCCCACACAAGUUACAAACAACCACAAAAGCCAGUAAGUCACUCGGUUAAAAGCCCAAACCCUUUUAUGGUAAAGCUCAAUCAACAGGAUAUCCCUUCUUGAAUAAGCUUUGUGUUCGUUGAGUCUCGAGUUUUCCUUUUCCUUCCCUACUUUCUUUUCCUUUAAAAAAUUUCUAUG